AUGUCUAGCAGCAGAAGCCUCAAUUUGAAGAAAAUCUCAUGGCUUUCUUCUCGGAUCCUCUCAGGCAAUACUAUUCACUGGGGAUGUCGGCGAGCUGUUGUUAUUGGUGGAGACAGGAACAUUUCGUCGAACACAUUGGUCGGAACUCGCGGAUUUGCGUCAGUGAAACGAGUGUCUCGAGCUUCUUCGGCUUCUUCUUCUCCACAUGGUGAUUUGCUUUCUUAUGUUAGAGCUUCACUUGAUAAACUUCAAGGUCCUUCCCAUCAUUGGUUGAAUCGUGACACUGAGAGUAAACAGCUUUUCAAGGAGAAAGGGACUUAUGUAGUUCUCGCUGGAGACUUGCUUAAUGGAACUAGUAGUGAUCCGAGUUGUUUCUUUGAGAAACUCAAGUUGCUUCAGCAGAGGUGUCAUGGAGUCUGUUUCAUGGGUAUUCACUUUAGUGAUCAAGCUAGAAUCGCUGACGAUAGAACUGCUUUAGCUGAGUUGAUUGUGAAGGAAUAUCUUACUUUUCCUGUCCUACUUUCUGAGAAAGUUCCAAAGUCAAGUGGAGAAGAAGUACGCUACUUCGUGUUUAGAGAUUUUAAGAAUCCUUUAAUCUACCAAGACAAGGAUAUGGAUAUUGCUUCUGUAGCCAAAGCUCUUGACAGCCUCACUCAAGAUACUGAUAAAUCCAAGUCAGUCAAACUUUUCACGAACACUUGGUCAAAACAGGCUGAUGCUAUCAAGGAACCACAUUUCUCUUCUUUCUUGCAGGAUUUGUUUCUUUACUUUCCAGGUUGUAUCUCUGCAGACGAAGCUGGAGAUUGUCUGUUUCUUUCUGAUAGCAACCAUCAUCGUAUUAUUAUAUCCAAUAGUAGUGGGGAACUUUUAGACAGUAUUGGUUGUUUCCCAGGUUUUGAGGAUGGAGAAUUUGAAUCUGCAAAGAUGUUACGUCCUGCGGCCACCCUUUAUGACGAAGAGGAGGAUUGCCUAUACAUUGUAGAUUCUGAGAACCAUGCCAUUAGAAAAGCAAAUAUAAAGACGCGGGUCCUGGAAACGGUAUAUCCAAAGGUUAUCAAAAAGAGUGGUGGCUUAUGGUCUUGGGUAAUGGAGAAAAUGGGUCUUGGAAAAGAUGACGAUACAACAGUUGAUACUGAUGCUAAAUCAGAAGAGUCUGAUUCUCCCUCCCUGUUGUUUCCAUGGCAUAUACUGAAACGUGAUGAUGAUAGCCUUCUAGUCAUAAACAAAAGCUUUUCGAAGUUGUGGAUAGUUAAUUUAGCUUCAGGGGAGAUCGAAGAAGUCGUGGAAGGGUUGCAGGGGAUAAUGGAGAUCUAUGGGGAACUGAUCACGGAGAAGCUAUCAGUCUUGAAACAUUUGCCUUCUACUUGGUUGCAACAGCAAACUAAAGCUAUCACCUCAUGCAAGGAUCAGCCAAGUGCUGCUCUUUUGUCUUCUUUCUCUAAAUUUGGUGACGACAUUGUCAUGACAGAUAUAGCUGGUCAGAGGGUGUUGAAGCUAAAUAGAGAAUCUGGAGCAUGCUCUAGCAUAAAGUUUUCAAACAUUGGGAUCCUUGGGUUGCCGUAUUGGUUGUCCACUCCACUGGAGAGAGUUUUCAAUCUAGCUAGCGGAGUACAGGAAGCACACCUCAGCCAUACUCAUCAACUCCGGUUAUUACCAGGUAAAAUUAGCAUACGAUUGAACAUAGAGAUCCCUCAAUGCACAGAGCUCGUUGAACCGGUACAAGAAAGCUGCAUCUGGCGACAGGCAAGAGGCUCAAUCACUGAAGUCUCAAACGCUGGAAGUUCACUGGAACCUUCUGAAAAGGUUGGAGUCUCACAACAAUGGUAUGAUGAAUUAGACAACCUCGCCAAAGAAAUAGUUAACCCUGAAUUAGCUGAGGAAGAGGAAGAAGAGAAAGAAGAAGAUAUCUCUGAGGUCGAGGGUGAAGAUGAUGGUCGGAUACACAUCGAUUGCACAGUCAAUACAAGUCCUGGCACAAGCGAGCUUAUUGUUUAUGCAGCUUUGUAUCUAAGACUUGCAAAGAACGAAGAGACACAAGGUGCGAGCCAGGAAGAGCUGGCGAGAAGAAUAGCAGAGACUUUAAAGCCAGCAAGAAACAUGACGACUAUGGAUGAAGAGUUGUUUGUGAAAGUGUUCUUGAAGUCAAAGAGAGAAGUGAGAGACAUUGUCUUCUUGAAGCCAGUGCAUGUGCGUGUAAGGUUUGACACGAUGGAUCACCCAAAAGCCGAUAACUCAAGAGACAUUAUCUUGACUGAUUCUUCUGCUCAGAUCAAUGUCUCUCUUGGAGGAGAACAAUGCUGAUGAGUUGUUUCAUACUCUCACACCACUAAAAGAAACAUUCAUAGUGGCAUUACAAGGUAAACAAAAUUAUUGGUCAGUCACAAAUUAUUCAACAUCAGAAAAAUUAUAUAAUCCUAAUGGAUAUUUGUAUAAGUCUCAAUCCUAUUUGCAAGAGCCUCAUUGAGAAGGUUGUUGACUUGAUUUUGUAAACAAAAGAGACAAAGAGAGAUCAUCAUUGUUACCAAGUCAUUUCCAG